AUGAUGAUGAUGUACAACACCCGAAAUGAGUGCGGCUUAGCAGACUUAAAUUCACGGACUAACGUGUCCAUCCCGUUACAGUACGACGAGAGCCUCCACGGCGGGGGCUACAUGGAGGGCGGCGCCAUGUACCACGAGCACCGGCUGACCCACCCCCACCUGCCGCCCGUGCACUACCCGCCGCCCGCCGCGCCCGCGCACGCCCUGCCCGGCGAGCCGCUAGUCCACAAGCGCGACAAGGACGCAAUAUACGGGCAUCCCUUAUUCCCCCUGCUGGCGCUGAUAUUCGAGAAGUGCGAGCUGGCCACAUGCACCCCAAGAGACCCGGGGGUGGCAGGCGGGGACGUCUGCUCCUCAGAGUCCUUCAACGAGGACAUCGCUGUCUUCAGCAAACAGAUACGCCAAGAAAAACCUUAUUACAUAGCGGACCCAGAGGUCGACUCAUUAAUGGUGCAAGCGAUACAAGUGCUACGGUUUCACCUAUUAGAAUUAGAAAAAGUAAGUGGUCCGAUUGUUGUUACCGGGGCGAGGGCGGUGGGGGCUGGGGAGGGGAGGGGAAUACAUUACGCGCCGCCGCCGGACCGGACCGGUCCCGUGGAAUAUCCGACACAAUAUCGAUUCGAUUAUCCGAGCGGUCGAUUUCGAACCGAGAUACCGAUAGCACGCGAGCGGCUCACGCACACGAGUAACCGAGACCGGUCGUGUCGCCUCUGCCGGGGCCGGUGGGAGCUGGCGCGGAUUCGGCGGCCCCUUUGCGGACCGGUCCGCGCCUCUCGGUACGCCGGCGGACCACAACGGUACCGUCGCGUACCUUUGAGGCCGACCGACGUGGCCAUCUUAGAGAUCUCCAUUCCAAGUUUUGAGCUUGCUCCCGGCUACGUGAGCAGUUUAGCGGGACCUGUGGCCCACAAG